CUUGUGUCUCAGGGUGGUUGGCUACAUUAACGUGGUUGAUGUCUAUGGGCUACAAUGACCUGCUAAAAUUAGGUGAGCUGUGGGCUCGUCCCGGUCCCAGUCCUGGUCGAAACAAAUCAGGCAAAUGAAAAGUCGACUGAAGCCGACCAUUUUCCGGUGAACCAUUUAUUGCCCAUUUUUGGACCCUGAUGGGAGAUAAUGUAGUGGUUUUAUUCUAGGCCCAAACCAUACAGUAAUUCAAUUAGCGUUAUGGAAACUUCUAUUGUAUACCUAAAAUGGUUUCAUUUUAGAAAAUGACUUCAGAAGAACACUUUCCAGUCAAAAUGAAAGACGCGAUCAGCAUAAAUCUAGAAAAUGAAGAAUUACAUUUAAAAACGAAACUGGAAGUCAAUAAUUAUGCUACUAGUGAAGGUCAAACUUCAGUAGCAUUUCAACAAAAUAAUGUUCAAGAUAUACGCAUCCAAUGUAAUGAACAAUCUGUCCAAAACAAUCACCCUCAGGUAGACUGUAAUGAGACAAACGAUCAUGGAAGAAUUAAUAAUAUUGCCGAUAAUCAGACUUCGAUCGAAAUUAAAGAUAGCUCAAAUAUAGAAGAAGAAAAUAUAGAAGAUCAAUCAAUAAACCUUAGUAAUUAUGAUAAUCCCGAGACAAAAACACAAAUAACAGAUGUACUAGUUGCGAACCAAGAUGAAAAUGCAUCUCAAAACAAAGAUUUGAGUAAAAUCAAUAUAAAAUCGUAUAUAGAAUUAGAAGGAAACACGAUUGGUUUACUAAAACAAGAAGAAAUACCGGCGUGUGUGAUUGAAGCGUGCGAGGAAUUAAAAAUGAACGAAAUAUCAACUGACGAUACUGAGAGCAAUAAUGUAGAUGACGAAAUAGUCACUGACGGUCCAGAAACGGAUCAAAUCGUUAAUCGAACGACAGAAGACGUUACACCAAUAAACACCUACACGCGGCACGAAGAGCUAAACCAAAAACUCAGCAUCAAAGUCGAAGGCGGUCAAAGUGAGAUGAGCGUGAACGCUGGCACUAGAGCUGAUGAAGCUGAUCUGCGUGAAGCCAACGUCGACAAUGUCAGUAAUGCCGACGCCACAGACGCCGGAAUAAAUGUGAAGACAGAACAUUUCACAUACGGCGAUUUCAAUAAGGACUGCCCAAAGAGUCAACUAGUUAUAAAACAAGAAUAUGACGAUAUAUAUUCCGAGGGUGUUUCUCAAAGCAGUGAUUGCUCUAUAAAGAUUUUGUCGGUUGGUACUUUGAAAGAUGAACUAAAGCGCCAAGAAUGCGGGAUUCCAGAUUACAGUGACGCAGUCAAACUGGAGGCUACCGGAGAUGACUUCACUUCGUUCGAUUAUCCUAAUUACGAUGACAGCAUGGACAGCAAUGAGGCCGCAGCUUUUUGUAGAGUCGAAACUUGUCUCCAAGAAGACGGACAGAGGAUCGAACGUAAUCAGAUCUAUGAUGAUAAACAAGACUUGUAUAGAGUAAUCAAGGAGGAGGAACACUUGACGGUGACCGACACACAUAUAAUUUCCAACAAGCUCACCAACACGUCAUUGUACGCAAACCCCUAUGAUGUGCUGAUAAAAAGUAAAAAAGGAUUAGUCAUGGAAAUACGACCGAUGUCCGGGCGAAAUUUCGGUAUGAAAUCCGGCAACCCAGAAGAGAUAUUGCCAACAAUCGACAACUACGACGAUUACGAAGCUUUCCAAUUGAAUUCGAUCACCGGAGACGUUGCGUCUCUCGAGCAAGAAGCCUACGGCCUCCUGAAANCAAACCCCUAUGAUGUGCUGAUAAAAAGUAAAAAAGGAUUAGUCAUGGAAAUACGACCGAUGUCCGGGCGAAAUUUCGGUAUGAAAUCCGGCAACCCAGAAGAGAUAUUGCCAACAAUCGACAACUACGACGAUUACGAAGCUUUCCAAUUGAAUUCGAUCACCGGAGACGUUGCGUCUCUCGAGCAAGAAGCCUACGGUCUCCUGAAAGCUAAAACGAAGACGACACGCAGAAAAAAGCACGUUUGUCCGAAGUGCGGUAAUGCCUACGCAUCAGAAACAUGCCUGAAGAGGCACCUCAAAGUCCACGACACUAUUGAGAAGCAAACGAAAACUUCGGUGAAGAGACAAAAGGCUAAAAUCGAUAAUCAGAGUAAAAAAGUCGAUUCGCUGAAAUCGAGUAUCCGCAAGAAGAAGAAAAACGCUGUCAAUGAAACUAAAGUGGAAAAAAUCGACAUAGAACCAAUCGCGGAGAAGAAGACGGACAAAGAAGGCUACGUGUGCAUCUGCGGCGACGUUUUCCGGCGCAGGAUUCGUAUGGAGACCUGCAUGAGGUCGCACAACACGGACCCCGACGUGAGUCACGUCAAGUGCACGACUUGCUCGAAGAACUUCAAUAGCAAAGAGGAGUUGGCCUUCCACAGGAAACGAGUCCACAGGAAGCGGUUUCCUUGCAAGUUCUGCCCCACGGACUACGACACCGGGAAGGACCUAUUCGAACACCUGAAAAUCCACCGGCAAGUCCAAUUGACCGAGUUCAAGGUUAUAUCGGAGAUGGUCAACGGUAAGGAGAUAUUAAAGUGUUUUAUGUGCAAUAACUCUUUUAAGGAGCUACCUCAGCUGAAGCGUCACGUGAUGGAAGAUCACGUAGAGCCCUACUCGUGUAGGUACUGCAGAGCGGCGAUCCCUAAUAUUAUCGACUUCGCGAACCAUAUUAAAUCGUUUCAUCCCGAAGUCGAAGGUCAGUCACUCCUGGACGUUCUCGAGGCCUUCUCCAAAUUGGUGCAAGCUUGGAAAUGUGAGGAAUGCGGCAUGCAGUUCCACGAAGCAGAUAAACUGGCCCUGCAUCAGGCGGAGACUCACAACCCAGACUUAAGAGAGCAACUUCAGAUACAAUGUGAAGAUUGCCGGAGAGUGUUCGUUAGUCACAAGGGCCUACAGUCUCACAGGAGAGUGCAUCACAGCGUCGAAGUCGAGUCCGCGCCGCCUGAGGAGGCCGGGGUCAUGUGUGUGGAGUGCCGCAAGAUGUGCAAGGACAUGGAGGCGCUGACGUCUCACAUGAGGCUGCACUCGCCCGAGAGGAAAUUCCCCUGCAAGUUCUGUGAUUUCCGCUUCGCCACCGCGGAAAAGAGGAGAGUCCACCAGGAGCUACACACUGGCGACAUGAAGUACGUCUGCUUUAUAUGCGAGUACCAGUGCACGUCGGAGAACCGGUUGAAACUGCACAAACGAUCAGCCAAACACCAGAGCAUGAAGGAGUACCUGCUGUCUGGGGCCUCGCUGACCGAAGAGAAGCCCGCAGCGAGCGAAGAAAGGAAAAACAAGAAAGAGACAAGAUUCAAAAAGAGGAAGAAAGAAAGAGACAGAAGCGCGAACAGUGGGUCCUCUGUGAGCUCCGUGCUGUGCGAUGUGUGUGGUGACAAGUUUCCUAGCAAGAGCCUGAUGCUGGAACACAAACAGUCGCAUCCCUUCAUAGAGUUCCCCAACGAAGACAAACCCACUAGGAUAUUCUUCAAAUAUCACUAAACUUAAACUAAUGCAACAUUUGUAUAGUAGAGUAAGAACCCAGGGCCACCAGACGUCACGUAUUUUCUGACGAACGAAAUGUGGCCGAUUGCGUAGUGUUAGCAUCAGAAUUUACGUGAAGUUAGGUAA